GAGAGAGAGAGAGAGAGAGAGAGGGCGCCGACGAGCAGCAAACACGGGGUCCGGGGCUGUGUGUCUGGGCGGUGCUUGCUUGAGCGUGUGGCCGCUGUUGGACUUGGCUGUGCGUCUGUGGCUGUGGUGGCGAUAGCCCUGCUGGGACAUCUUCGCGGCUUUUGAUUUUGGGGGGCCCUUUUUUUUUUUCCAAGAACGUACAUCAUGUCGGGUGCCCUUUAUGGCGGUGAUGAUGUCGGCGCCAUCGUUGUCGACAUUGGUAGCCAUACCACCAAAGUCGGCUUUGCCGGAGCCGAUGUUCCCCAUUGUGUUUUGCCCUCCUACGUGAGCCGAACCAAGGUCGAAACGGCCAUGGACCAAACGGAUGACUCCAGUGCACCCAAGGAAGAAUUUCAAUACGCCGUUGGCACGACCACACUCGGCGUCCCCAAGGAGAACCGAGAGAUCGUUCCCCUUCUCGAUGACAACGGUCUUGUGGCUGAUUGGAAGGCACUCGAGCAUCUCCUGCGCCACGCCUUUGACCGGGUCCUCCAGGUCAAGCCCGAAGAGAAAUGUGUCAUGGUGUCUGAGCCAACCUGGGUCACCAAGGACCAGCGUGACAAGAUGACCGAGCUUCUGUUCGAAACCUUCAACGUCCGCGCCCUUCACUAUGUCAAGAGCCCAGUACUUAGCGCUUUUGCCAACGGCCGUGGUACUGCGCUUGUGGUUGACUCCGGUGCCCAAUUCACCAGUGUUACCCCAGUGUAUGACGGCGUGGCCCUGCUCGAGGCUGCCCGCCGUACGCGUUGUGCCGGUAACUUUGUCACUCGCCAACUUAAACACGUUCUCGAAGAGGAUCUCAACCUCGAUCUCGUUCCCAGCUGCAAAAUCGCCUCCAAGACACCCGUGGCUGAAGAUGUUCUGCCCAUCUGGAAGCCCAAAGCCAACUUUCCCACGCUUACUGCGUCGGCUGAGGAAUACUACAAGAACGAAAUUAUCCGUGAUCUGCAAGCCAGCGUGUGUCGCGUCAGCGACAAGCCCUUUGUUGAGUCGCAACUGAACAACAUCCCCACCACCCCUUAUGAGUUUCCAAACGGCUACAACAACAAUUGGGGCAUUGAGCGCUACAAAAUUGUCGAGGGCUUUUUCAACCCAGACAAAUUCCGCUACACCGCCCCUUUUGAAGGCUCCGGCCCCACGAUCGAUCCCUUGGAUCCCCGCUCGAUCACCGAUCCAAACAGCGCCCCCAUGUACGUGUCAUGCAUCUCGGUCAAUCCGCAGCUCGUGGCUGUAUUGCUUUCCAGCAUCAAGUGCUCAUCAUCACUCCAACCCAGGGUGGUUCGCGAAGUGGGCAUUGCUCAGAUCAUUGAUCAGGUGCUCCGCGCCUGCGACGUAGAGACUCACCAGAGCUUGCUGAGCACGGUCGUUGUUUGCGGCAGCAACUCCCUGUACCAAGGCUUUGAAGAGCGUGUACACACCGAGAUUGGAAAGAUCACGCCACGCGCUUUCAAGUUCAAAAUCGUGGCCUCGCAGUCAUCACAGGAGCGCAUGUAUUCGGCAUGGAUCGGCGGCUCCAUUUAUGCUUCUCUGGGCACAUUUCAACAACUUUGGGUCACGCGCGAGGCGUGGCGCGACGAUAAGGACGUCAUUGAGAUGCGAUGCAGUUAA